CUCGACCCCAAAAUGACAUGAUCACCAUUUCCUUCCAACACCAUUCUUAACUUCCGACCACCAUGCCCUCUGCGGGCGUUGUAGACGCUUUCAAGAACCUUAUACGACAUGGAAAACAUCACAAUAAUCAACAUCGCGACGAAUCGCAUCCAUCUGACCAGGCUCCCACACGUAAUCAGCCCAUAAAUCAAUCGCCCAAUCCUCCAGAGCAGGAUCAACAACCAGCCAACAGAGAAGCUGCCGAGCAGAUCGUGAAAGAGGAACGAGAAGCUAAAGCUCAGAUGCCUUCGUAUAAAGGUUUAGAAAAUUUCAAGUUGUUGGAGAAAAUGGGAGACGGUGCUUUCUCUAAUGUGUACAAGGCUCUAGACCUCAAGACCGGUCAAAAAGUUGCUGUCAAGGUAGUCCGUAAAUACGAACUAAACGCCAACCAGGAUGGAGACAAACACCUCAAUCCCAAAUUUAAGAAAAAGCCGCGCGUAACAGAGCGUGCAAACAUUUUGAAAGAGGUUCAAAUUAUGCGAGGCACUCACCAUCCUUCAAUAGUCAAACUCAUAUCAUUCUCGGAAUCUCAAGAGCAUUAUUUUCUUGUGUUAGAAUUAAUGGAGGGCGGGGAACUCUUCCAUCAAAUCGUGAAGCUCACAUAUUUUUCGGAAAACUUAUCCCGUCAUGUCAUCAUUCAAGUUGCACAAGGAAUUCGGUAUCUACAUGAGGAACGUGGCGUCGUCCAUCGCGACAUUAAACCUGAAAAUCUUCUCUUCGAACGCAUCCCUAUUGUUCCUUCCAAGACCCAGAUACAUCGUCCUUAUGAUGAAGAGAAAGAAGAUGAGGGUGAAUUUACCCCAGGAGUGGGUGGUGGUGGUAUAGGUCGUGUGAAGAUUGCUGACUUUGGCCUAAGCAAAGUCGUGUGGAACGAAGAGACAAUGACGCCAUGCGGGACCGUCGGUUAUACCGCUCCCGAAAUUGUCAAGGACGAACGCUAUAGUAAAAGCGUUGAUAUGUGGGCUUUAGGAUGUGUGCUUUACACAUUGUUGUGUGGCUUCCCUCCCUUCUACGAUGAAAGUAUAAACGUCUUGACGGAGAAAGUUGCUCGUGGGUAUUAUACUUUCCUGAGUCCAUGGUGGGAUGACAUUAGUGCUAAUGCUAAAGAUCUUAUUACACACCUAUUGUGCGUUGAUCCUGCUCAACGAUUUACUAUCGACGAAUUUCUUGCGCAUCCUUGGGUCAACGCCUCCCCCGCUCCGCCUCCUCCCCCGACGCCGUUCAUCUAUAGCAAUCUCCCUACAGCCAACGCACCCUUGGAUUCUCCACUCCUUUCUGCUGCUCGUGGAGGUCGUGCUGAAGGACGCAGCCCUGGGAUUGCUACACUCAAAGAAGCAUUUGACAUCACUUACGCUGUGCAUCGAAUGGAAGAGGAAGGCGCAAGGCGUCGCAAAUAUAAUGGACGGGGUGGUGCAGGAGCCAGAGGAUUCUUGGGGGGACUCAACGAGGAGGAUGAUGAGGAUGAUGAACCGGCGGAAACUACUGUUAUCACAACGCCUCGCAAAGCCGCUGGCGGUACUCGAAAUCGGAAAGCAGGUUCUUCAGGGUUCGAGUUAGACAUGGAUGCGGCUACGCUCCUUGGUAGACGUCACAAUCGUGGAGGAGGUAGGGGUGCCGUGGGUUUUAGCAGUCCGCUAGCAAAAGCUGCAACACCGACGGUUCAGGAACCUCCUCUAGAUCCCGGCAGUCCUAUGCGUCACUAAUGGAAUAUAUCUGCGCAGGACCGCGAUAACUGCCAUUUAUUCGCCACUGUAUUUCACUCCUUUCACGGUCUCAGCUCGCACUUUAUGGUGGACAUUAACGCACGCCAUUGGUGAUUCUAUUUCACUUUGUUGUUCGGCACUCGUAUCCCUUUUAUUCAUAUGAUACAUGAAAUGCAUUUUGUUAUCGUACACAAUCUUCGAACGUUGUAUUCUCCAACCGCGACGCGAGCUUGGAUACCCUACAUGUAUACUCUGGUCCUGAACGUAGUAUAAUAACCUUUGCUUGUUGGCUCAAUAACCUAUACAUAUUAGAU